UUUCUCCCCAGUCUUCGGAGGAAGAUGGGGUUUUUAAACUCUGCCAAACCCGUUUCUGUGCUCCUUUCAGACAAGCAUCAGAAAGUGGUGUUUUCGAGCCCGAACUCCAGCCAAACCCGCUCUUCUCUCGCCAGCAGCUUCGGGGCGACCGAUGGGGCCGCGCUGGCGUGUGGGGUUCCCGCCGCAGCCCUUCCUGUUUCGGCCGCGGGCCGGGGGUGGGGACGGAACUGGGGCGGGGCGUCCCCAAGUGUGGUGGAGGCUGGCGGCUGCGGGACAUGACGGCCGACGGCCAGGCGGAGGGCUCGGGCGCCGAUCCCGGCUCCGUGGGGCUGCCUUCCCGGGCGGCCAAGCUGCUGUCCGCGCUCUUCUAUGGGACCUGCUCCUUCCUCCUCGUGCUGGUCAACAAGGCGCUGCUGACCACCUACCGAUGGCAGUUACCAUAAUGAUACUGUAUGUGUCCAAGCUAAAUAAAAUAAUUCACUUCCCUGAUUUUGACAAGAAAAUUCCUGUAAAGCUGUUUCCUCUGCCUCUUCUCUACAUUGGAAACCACAUAAGCGGAUUAUGGAGCACAAGUAAAUUAAGCUUACCGAUGUUCACCGUACUCAGGAAAUUUACCAUUCCACUUACUUUACUCCUGGAAACCAUCAUACUUGGGAAACAGUAUUCCUUGAACAUCAUUGUCAGUGUCUUUGCCAUCAUUCUUGGUGCUGUCAUAGCAGCUGGUUCUGACCUUGCUUUUAACUUGGAAGGCUAUAUUUUCGUGUUCCUGAAUGAUCUCUUCACAGCAGCCAAUGGAGUUUAUACCAAACAGAAAAUGGACCCAAAGGAGUUAGGGAAAUACGGAGUGCUUUUCUACAAUGCUUGCUUCAUGAUAAUUCCAACUCUUAUCCUUAGUAUCUCUACUGGAGACCUUCGACAGACCCGUCAGAAGGAGCAGAAAGUAGGCAGAAGAACCCUGGUCUUGAAGCUUUUUGAAAAACAACAACAAAAAUCUGAGUUUGAGUCUCACCUUCCCUUUCGCUGGCCACUGAAUUCAACCAAUGGAAGAAUGUUCUAUUUAUCAUACAGUUUCUUCUUUCCUGUUUUUUGGGAAUGUGUCCAUUGCCUACAUUGGGAUGUUAGUUGGUGGAGACUAUAUUUUCUCUGUGUUAAACUUUGUGGGGUUAAAUAUUUGCAUGGCAGGGGGCUUGAGAUAUUCCUUUUUAACUCUAAGCAGCCAGUUAAAACCUAAACAACCUGUGGACGAAGAAAAUAUCCCUCAAGACUUGAAGGGCUAGAAUGUGGGGCAGAAUUGCCAACUGGCUUGCAGACUGGGGGCAUGGGGAAGGGUUGCCAGCUGUUCUGGUUGUGGCUUCCUAUGCCCCGCCCCGGCCCCGCCCCUGGCCCCGCCCCCGUUAGGGCGCAACAGAAAGGUCUGCAAAAUACAGAGACAAUCUACCUCAUGUGCUGCAUAGGGAGCCAUCCUGAGCCCUGAGAAAUGCGUCUGGGCGAAGCCUUACCAGCUGAAAGUGUAUCUUCUCAAAGAAGCCAUUGGUGAAAGGGAUUGUUUCCAAGGCACUCUGCAUGGGCAGAGCCCCGACCACACGUCUGUGCUGUGGCUGCUGUGACCAGGUACCAGAGUGCUUCAGAGGAGGUAAAAGACUGAUACUGUGAGGGUGCCUAUCCGCACCUUGGCCUUAAUUUCAAAGGUCCCAGCCAAAGCAACGUGCCAGUGAGAACAUUUUUCCAGUGUAACCAGACAUAUCUUUAAUACAAUCAGCUGCUGAACUGCCAGUAAAGUUGUUAGCUUUGAUUUGAUCCUCUAUGUUGAUAUCUUUUCCCAGUCAUCAAAGUAAAAUAAAAGAUAAUUUAUUGGCA